UUGUCAAGGCAGCCAGUCCCCGGCUAGCUAGUGGCGUGAGCUAACCGUGCGGUCCUCUCGGAGCUGUCCUCACAUAGACCGAAAAAGAAACCCUCACUACCGUUAAAAAAACAAACCAAAAAAAAAAACCCGAGUCAAAUUACUCUGUGACCAGCCCUUGUAUGAUCUGCUCCGUGUCCCGUAGAACACACGACUCUUUGCAUGAUCCUGUAAGCACAGCCACGGCGGAACAAAACCUCCUGGACGGAAGGAAUGAGGGACUCCAUGGGACGAGAUUUUGCGCGUUUGCAGUAGCAUGCCGACGGUCAAGAGUGAAGGUGACUCGGCCUCCGAGUUGGACGGCGCCACCUCGACGACUUCCAGUUCGGCGGGUCUCUCGGUUAAAACCACUCGGACUGUCGGGACCAUGACCAACGGUGGCCGGACACGAGUCACGCGGGUCAAAAUCGAGCAGGCGUCAGCAACGGAGAAUGAGAAUGAGGAGGAUCGGGUGGCUCGUCGCCGGGAGCAGUGGAGGCUGAAAAAGCGAGAGCAGCGGGCCAAGAUAGCUGCGAGGCUCACCAAAACCAGAGAGAGAAUCUCGCCGGUGAUAACUGCGCCCGCUCACUUUCUUUUUCCUCACGCCAACCAAGGUGGCCAAACCCAAACGCAGACUUUGCGCAAAUCCACUCAAAUGACGACAGAAUCUUCGCGAAGGUCUCCGCAUUUUGUACCUCUGUCGAACAUCACUCGAUGCCGAACACCAUGGCAGAGAUCCUUGGAAGCGCAGAGACAUCAAAAAGUCAAAUCCCUGUCCAGGACCUUGACGUCGAAAAUGAGAAGCGUCCCACCGGUGGAUGCCGGCGACACCCCGGAGCGGAUCAUCGCCAAACAGAGAGAGUACUGGCGGAUUAAAAAGCGGGAGCAGCGAGCAAAGAUGUCGAUGGAGGCGAAGGCCCGGCUCAAGGAGAAGGACUCCCUGAAGCGGCGAGUCCGACGCUACCAGAAUAUCUUGAAGGAGAUGAGGAGGGCACGGGCGUCGGAGCGUGGACUCGAGACCAUCGGGGGCUUCAUCAAAGAGGACGGGACCGUGUCCGCGGGCAUUCCCCGGACAAAGUCCGUCAAUGGCGUCGCCGGGAACGACGGGCUUGCGGUUUUUGAACCCAAAGUCUUUCUGCGAGCUCCCACCCAAAGCUCAAAGACGACGCCCGUCAAUUCUUUCACGAGUCACCUCAGCCUCACUUGCAAGGCCGGCUCUCCCGAGGCCGCCUCCCGAGUCGGCCGGGCGGCCGGCUGCGUCAUGAAAAUGCUGGUUUCGGAUAAAGCCUUGACCAAUGAAGACCGGAUGGCGAAGAAGCGCGAAUACUGGAGGGUGACCAAGCGGCAACAGCGGGCGGCACGCGCCGCUCGCCUGGGGCAGGAGGUCGCCCCGACGCUCCAAAGCGACAAGGCCCCGAGGCCGGCGUCCCAAGCGUCUCUCUCGAACGCGAGCGAGCCGACUCGCGCCGUCAAACGGGACCCUGAUCUAAAUCCUACCCCGGAGCAAGACCAUAGUCCAGACCUCAAGCCUUCGCUCGCGGUGCCCAAGCGCGAGUCGGACCCGGCUCCGGCCGCCGACUCCCAGGCUACCACUCUGCUGGUGGUGGCCUCAAUGAAGAAGCUUCUGGAAGAGUCCCUGAGCACGGUGAACGACGGCAAAGACCAAAAGCCUGAUGUUGAAACCAAGGUGAAAGGGGAACCCGAUAAACCGGAGGUGAGCGAGGAGCCCGACGGAGCGAAGGUGGUCCCUGUCGUCCGAGCUCAAGACCCCGAUGCGGUCCCCCGGCAUUGCCCGAGCCCGGUGGCCAGCCUGCAGAAGAAGCGGGAGUACUGGAAGCUGAUGAAGAGGCAGCAGAGGGCUCGGCAGAAGGAGAGGCGGGGCAAGGGCGGCGGCGGCGGCGGCGGGCGUGGUGCCGGUGCCCGGAGUCUUCCCCUCAGGAGCAACCAGGCUCCGCCUCUGGCCGUGCGCUCCGUCAACGUCGCCAAGACGCCGGUGAAGCUCCUUCCUAAGCCGGCCUCGUCUCCGGGCGGCGGCGUUCCCGUCGUGCUGCUCAAAUUGCCCGAGACCCUCGCCGUCAAACCGCCCGACUGCGCGGACUCGGACCCGGCGCUCCCCGCUCUGAAACCCCCGGACAACCCGCUUUCCCACAUAAUCCUGCACCUCAUCGAGCCUCCCGCCCGAAGCGCGCCGCCCGCUCCUUUGACGCGGUCGCGGCCGUCCCCGGCGCCGCUUCGCGCCGUGAGCACGCCCAAGCGCCGCCCCGAGGAGUCUGAGGAAGACUUUUUGAAGCGCAAACGCGAGUACUGGAGGAUUAAAAAGAAGCAGCAGAGAGCCAGGAAGUCUCAGGGCGGGAAGUGGAUCUCUGAGAGGAGCGACUGCCCGUCGCCUGCUCGGGACCUCCAGGAGUUUUGUCAGCAGACCAUGUCGGACCCUUUCAGCGACGCAGCAGAACAUCUUAUCAGCAAUUCGGUGGACGGCGAGGACGACUCUCACGACGCGACACCGAUGCCAGAUGAGCUUCUGUCAGCCGACGCCGAGCGCACCCCCCCCGGCGAUGAUGAUGAUCCCGUGUCGGAGGACACGUGGAGGAAUUUCUACCUCAUGGACUACGACCCCCUCAACCAGCUGCUGGUGUGCAUGGCGUGCGGCGAGCAGCAGCACUCGCACAGCCCGGAGGGCGCGCUGGCGCACAUCGACGAGACCCACCCGCAGACGCGCGCCCUGGAGCCCGCCGAGCGCCGCCGCAUCCUGGAGGCCUGGGACGAGCAGGUGUCGCGGCGCGAGCGCUUCUUCACUCGGCAGCUCCAGCGGCGCCACGCCACUGCGGCAGAAACGUACAGGAACUGAACUGCGGGACAAAAGCAACCUUCUCCAGCAUGAUGACGACGACGUUCCAUCGAGAAGUUGUUCAUUUGAGACAAUGCAAUUGAUGCAUAUACACAUCAGGGAUCGGCAACUAAGGGUGGCUGCGGGCCCAAUUUUUAAAUUUUUUUUUUCCCUUCUUCACAGUUGGAUCACUGGCCGAACUGACUUGACUCAUCAGGUAAAACCUGCUUGUCCUACCUAAAAACAAAAUCUCGCGGGCCAGUCGGCGAUUGGGUGCCCCGUGUAGGAAAUCCCGCGGAGCGCAAAGGCUCGUCACAAUAUCCGGGCACUUUUAAGACUGCAAAUGUUGCAUCGCUAAUUUAUCAGGGGGGAGUUUUCCUCGUCAACGUCAUCUGGCAGGCCAGAUAUUAUUGGCAUAGGGUCCAUUUUGGCCCGCGGGCCGAAUGUUGCCGACCACUGCUGAUUACAGCGCACUUGAUUACCGUUUGGGUCAACCUCUCAAGAGUGGAUUUGGGACUUGUUUACAGUUUUCAAAUGCAUUUUUUUUU